AUGGCCCAAUAUAGCUACGUAUCAACACCACAGCAUCGCUCUUUGCUAUAUAAAUCCGUCAUUGAUGUCUUUCAUGAGAAAGCAGACCAGUUUUCAAACAAAGAGAUAUGUAUCCAUUGCCUUCCUGAUGGUUCGCGGCAAGCUGUUACGUACGCUGACCUGCGUGCUAAGGCGGAAAAGGUUGCCAAAUUUCUGGUGUCUACGGGUGUCAAAACAGGGGAUUCUGUCGGCAUACUAGGACCAAAUUCAAUAGCAUGGAUUGUUGGCGAAGUUGCCAUUCUAAUUGCUGGAGGGGUGUCGGUACAUUUGGCAAAACCUGGAUCUUUGAAGGAAAUGUACAGUUUCUUACAAUCAGCUUCUUGCAAAGCGGUUCUCUUGGACACUGAUGGGGAUGAUAGUUUAAUGAAUGAAAUAAAGGGAACGAUGGAUGUAUGUGCAAAUCCAUCAAAAAUUUCACAGAUGAGUUUCGAAGACUCUAAAGCUCCGUGUAUAGUCCUUUUGAAGAAAUGGACGGGGAUGAAUAUACCCGACAUUGAAACCAUUGGAAACGAAAAAGAAGGAACGCAGGGGUUAAUUCCUACAAGGAUCCAUCCCGAGAAAACAGCUAUAGUUUUUAUGACGUCAGGGUCUACUGGACAUCCGAAAAUGGUCGAACAUACCCAUUUCGGUUUGGUGAAUACAAGUUCAUCAAGAAUUUUUUCGAGAGGUCAAGAUAUUUGCGAUAAUUCUGGGGCGAUGUACAACGACAGGCCGUUUACAUGGAUUGGAGGAACCGUUGUUUACAACCUCAUACACGGUGACACACGUGUUUUCAGAGAUGGGCGGAUAACUCUGAAGGAAAGCGGAGUGCUUGGACUUUGGGAUAACAUUGUAAAAGAAAAAUGUACCAAUGCAUUAUUGAUGCCUUUUACUAUUUUAGAUCUUCUUGCAAACGAACAGGAAAUAUUGAGAAGCAACUAUUGUUUAAAGACAAUAGUCACAGGAGGACAGAUAAUAGGUUCACACAUGGCUGAUGUUUGCGGGAAAUUUUGUAACACGCUGAUUGCAGGGUAUGGCUCAACGGAACUGUCUGUAGUGGCAUUCAUUGAAGUGAAAGACAACAUGGAACUAGGAGCGCCUGGGUCUCUAUCAGACGGAAUGGAGGUAAACAUUGUUGACGAAGAUUGGAAUACGGUACAUCGGGAGGAGCUCGGGGAAAUCUGCAUCAGAUGCCCCUGGAUGUUAAAGGGCUAUCGAACCGUACUAGGGACCGACCGUAUGACCCUCACAGAUGGAUGGAUGAAUACUGGAGACAUCGGAUUUAUAAGGAGUGAUGACAGCCUCUUCAUCAAAGGCAAAUUAGAAAAUGUCAUAAAACGAAUGACUCUUAAAAUACUUUCUGGAGAUGUGGAGGAAUGUAUCGCCGAAAUACCAGAAGUUAAAGCUGCUGUCGUGGUUGCGGUUCCGGAUCAACGGGUGUACGAAGACGUGUGCGCAUGCGUGGUUCUAGAUCAAAGCACUGGCGUAACUAUGGCGGAUGUCGAGUUGCAUUGCAGGAAAAGGCUUGGUGACACCAUCACCGGUGACGCUCCUACAUAUUACUUACGUUUUGAAGCAAUACCCAGACUGAAUUCUGGGAAACCAGACAGGAUGAAAGUCAAACAGCAUGCUUUGGAAAUGCUUGAUAUUUCAUAA